AUGGGUGUCCCUUUCCCAGAUAUCAACCCUUAUGAAGUCUUAGGGGUCGACUCAGACGCAUCGCCGAUACUAAUCAAGAAAACUUAUAAAAGACUAUGUUUAAAGCAUCACCCUGAUAAGAAACACCAACAAAGCAAAUCCAACGACGAGGCUAAACAAGCACAAGAAGUGGGAGAACAAGGAGAGCAAGGAGGACAAGAGCAAGAACAGGAGCUAUUUACCAAGAUACAAUUUGCAUAUAGCAUCUUAAACGAUCCCAUUAAAAGAAACCGAUACGAUACCUUGGGUUCGUUAUUCGACGCUGACUUUUAUGGCGAUGGCGACGAAGCUUUCGACUGGAAAGAAUACUUCCAAUCCAUGAAUGAGAAGAUAACCAUAGAGAUGAUUGAAGAGGACAAGUUGAAGUACCAAGGUUCAGACGAAGAAGAGCAGGACAUAAUAUCGAAUUUCGUCUACUACGACGGAGAUUUCUUGAAAUUGUUUGAGUCGAUACCACAUCUAGAGUUCACCCCUUUUGAAGAGCAAAGGGUCUACAAGAUUGUGGAGGCUAAAGUGGCAACUAUACCGGGGUUGGACAAGUCGAUACUCAGAUCGUGGGAAAAAUACACCAAGUCCAGGAAAACCAAAGUGCGCAACAUGUUGAACAAAUUGGCCAAGGAAGCGAAGGAAGCCAAGGAGUUGGAGAAACUAAUCAAGGACAAGAGAAGCAAAGGCCUGGACUUGAAGAGCCUAAUCAAGAGUCGUCAGAACCAUCGAAUGGAUGAUUUGAUUGCAAACUUGGAAUCAAAAUAUGCAAAGAAACGCGGCAAAAAGAGAAGCAGCGAAGAAAUUGACGAGGACGAGUUUGAAAGGAUUCAGCUGAAACUCAUGAAAAAGAAGAAAUGA